AUGGACAAGUUACUUGCUGAGGGAGCGAGCUUAACCCCGGCUUUGCUGGCCAGCGACGAAGACUCCUACGACAAGCAAGCUACAAAUUUGUCGGCAAAGUUACAAGCCAUUCCCGCUGCACAGCUGGUCUCGAAGGACGUAUUAGAUUCCUUGGAACCAACUGCUCAAACCAUCACCUACCUCUCGAUCGUCUCUGCUGGGAUCAAGAAUGUUACAGGCUCUGGAAAAGCUGUGUCCGGUCAGCUUGCUCGGUCUCUUCUUCCAGACCAAGACUUCUGGCCUUACAUCACCAAUAUCCUACUAAACUUUGAUCCAAUUCAAGUACGGUACGCUGGACAUUGCCUGACAGAAAUCGUCACUGUCGUCGGUAUUGGUGCAGAGCAGACACAGAACUAUGUACCGGCAAUACAACUCCUUAGCAAUGUCAUCCUCCGACUGGACACUUCCUCAUCCACUUUCACUUCAACACACCACAUCUACGUUCGCCUGUGCUUACGAGCUAGAGCGUACGCUGAUGCACUCAACAUCAUCGACAGACCGAUCUAUCACAUUCCGGCAAGUAUAGACAAGCAAGUGGAAGCGAGAGCAUACAAAUACCGUUGUUCGGUACAAGACUCGAGCGCCAGCUACAUUACACUUGCCUCAGGCUUGACGCAAAAGAUCACGAGCAGAAUGUUCUUGGACUACAACUUCAUGUGUGCCUUGUGCUACAUGGCCCUAGGUCAAUACUCCAAGGCCAUUCCACUUCUUGAAGUGAUCCUCAUUGCACCUACUGCAAGCGGCGUGACUAGUUUGCUUGCCGUGGAAGCUUACAAGAAGUGGGUUCUGCUCAAUCUACUGAUCCUUGGCUAUCUACCCGAAUACCCACGGCCGGCAUACCAGGCGACCAUGCGCAAUGUCCGCACCCUCGCUAAACCGUACGACUGCCUUGCCGAGACCUUCAAACAGCGCGAGCCCCAACGACUUUUUGCGGAGGCCAAUGAGGGUCAGACCGUAUGGCAGGAGGACUGCAACAUGGGGCUGGUGAUGGAAGUGUUGCAGGCCCAUCGCAAGUACUCUGUUCUAAGAAUGGCCAAGCUUUUCGCAUCAGUCAACGUGUCGCACGUCGAGGCACAACUGCCACCAGAUCAGAAUGGCACGCCUAUUCAAGUAUACCUUCAGAAUCUCAUCUCUACUGGUGAGCUGCGAGCCACCAUAACGCCUAGUCAGGACGGUUCGGAUCAGAUCCUUCGGUUCCUCCCCGAAGCAACCAGUACUCGAUCGGAAGCCGCAACUGAACAGCAGCUGAACAGCCGUUCGCAGCUGCUGCAUGCGCUCAUCAAACAUGUUGGUGACGCCGAAUAUUGUAUGGAAAUCAGCAAGGAACACAUCGACACGCUGAAAAAGCUGAAGAAGAACCGCGACGAUGAUAAUAAGAAGGGCCCAGGCUCAAAGCCGUCGGCUACGCUUGAUGAGAUGGACGAGGACAUGAUGGCCGAUGAGCUUUAG